UGGCCUCUCUAAUGCGCAUUUUCAAGCUUAGACAUCUUGGUAGCACCAUCAACAAUUGUUGAUUUGUUAUUCUUUUAAUUACUUAAAACCUGUUACCAAAGAUCCAAAAAUGUCGCAGCCAUACGAGGCCACCGAAACCCUGACGAUAGAGGCCCUCGGCUUUAUGUACCAGGAUGAAAUGGAAUUUUUGGACAUCAAACCUCCGCCUGAGAAUCAGGAUAAUCCCAAGCAGGCGCAAAUAAAGCGACUGAUCUGCAACAUUAACGGCUGCAACUAUGCGACAAACAGAAGGAGGGACCUGAAGCGCCACAAGCGCACACAGAAACACGUGCUGGAGAAGUUUGGAUCCGAGGAUUCCGAUUCCGACGACUUGCUCGAGCCUUCUCUGUUCUCGUGUGCACUCUGUGACUACACCACGGCCAAAAGAUUCAGCUACGUGCGGCACAAGGAAUCGAGGCGCCACAUCCGAAAAGAACUAGAUGAAUGCGAAAAGCUAAUGGACAAGGCUGAUAAGGCGGAAAGCCCCAUGAAACGUAGGAAAAGAGUGGACGAGCCAGUGGACAUGUUUCAGAACACGGAUGCCAUCCUGUACACCUAUGAUUACAACACCACAGAAAAAUCUUGCCUAGAAAGGCAAAAAAACACCGUGGAGCACAGGGAAAAUCAGCUGGAAGCAAACGAGUUCAUGGAGUAUGUGCCUCAGGCGGAGGAGUUUGCGGAUACAGAGGACGAAUAUGAAAUCCACAGGGAAGGCUUCCACGAAAUCAGCAACACUUUGGAGUGCGCGCCCUGUCAGUACAAGACAGCCAGGAGAUUCUGCUUCGUUCGCCAUCUGCAGUCGUCGAGGCAUCUGGCCAAAAUGCAGGCUGAGAUUGACAAUCUGGAGCAGAAAGAUGGCUUGGAGCAAAUAGAUGAAUUCGAGGUGGAUAAUGGCCUAGAGGAAAUUGAUGACAUAGGGGAGAUUAAUGGCUUGGAGGAGGCUGAUGCCUUGGAGGAGAGAAAUCGAGUGCAUGAGUUUGACGACCUUGAUGAGAUCGAUGGAGAGGUUCAAACAGCUCACGGCUUCGAAAUGAUAGAACAUGCACUUGUAGAAGAGAAUGUUUACGAGGAGAUCGUGUACCUGCCCACCGAAGACAGUCCUGAGGAGAACUGCUGUUUUAUAACUUUGAACAAUGAUUAGAUCAAAGAAUACUUUACAUAUUUAAACGGCUCUUUUUGAUAAGUUAAUACAUUUGUAAGUUCAUUAUUAUUCACUGAGUAAAACAUUUCUAGGGGUGGAAUACCAAAUGAUACGUUGUUUAAGCAUUCUUAAAACAAAAUCAGAAACAAGGAUUGUCCAAAAUGUAUUUAUAGUGGUUC